ACCAGCCAAGGGAUUGAAUUAGUCUUCCAAAAAGAAAGAGAGUUUGUGAAGCACUCUGUAGAAUGCACGUGGAAGCUAGCAGAAGCCCAGCAAAAACUUGGUACCUUAGCACUGCAUAAUUCAGAGUCUUGUGAUCAGGCAUCUGCUCAAGCAAAGACUGAAGCUGCAGAAUUGAGGUGGAGAGAGGAAGAGUGGAGAAGAAAAGAAGAAGCACUAAACCAGACGGAAAGACAGAAUCUAUGGAAUGCAGAUCCUGUUAGUAAGGAGGUAUUUAAUAAGAGUUUGAUUAAUCAAAAAAGAAAAGAAAUAGAAGAUGAAGAUGUGUCUGAAUCACUUAUGCAAAAACAUGAACAAAAGAUUAGACACUUUGGUAUGCUAAGCAGAUGGGAUGAUAGUCAAAGAUUUUUGUCUGAUCACCCAUAUCUUGUAUGCGAAGAAACAUCUAGAUAUCUCAUGUUGUGGUGUUUUCAUCUAGAAGCUGAACAGAAGAGAGCUCUGAUGGAGCAAGUAGCACACCAAGCCGUUGUAAUGCAGUUUAUUAUGGAAAUUGCCAGAAACUGCAAUGUGGAUCCAAGAGGCUGUUUUCGUCUCUUUUUCCAAAAUGCCAAAGUAAGAGAAGGCUAUUUGGAGGCUUUUAAAAAUGAACUUGAGGCAUUCAAGACGAGAGUGAGAAUCUGGUCACAAUCACAUGGCUUUCAAACUAUGCUACUGCAUGAUCUCAGUGUAAAUCCUGGACUUGUAGGAGAGCUGACAUCUUUUUUACAGAACACAGGUGAUCAGCAAGGUUCCGUAAACACAGAUGUCUCCCGUUUAAACUCUGCGAUACAAAGAGAUGAAGAAGAAUCUAAAAUGAUGGACAUAGUAUAG